AAAGACACCUAUCCAAUUCAAAUUUCGCAACCAUUCGUUGUCAAUGCUCUAAUUAAUAACACAAAUGGUCCCUGGAAUGACUUGAGUGUGGGCGUGAAACUGUGGCUGUGGACCGGUGAUAGCUGGAUGCAGUUGCCAAUAUUUGGAUUGUUCCAAGAACUGCUCAAGAAUGUUGCAGCAAUCAAACUCCCGGUAAAUUCAGGCAUGCGGAAUCUGGAAUUCACCAUCGACUUAAGACCACUUGCUCCUGUCACAUUCUACCUACCCUCUACCGGUCAUUACAAAAUCGAGUUACAAUUUCGCGAAGAAAAAUCCGCAAGAAAUUCGUGCCUAGUGAUUGAAACGCUCGCCGAAAUUAUGCUAGUACUUUUGGCAGCUGCACUUAUUCUAUUGUUUGGCGUUGCGCAUGCAAGCAUUCCACCGCCAAAUGACGUCUCCACACGUUUUAAUUGGUCGUCAUGCAAUCCAGAUGAUUUUAUCAAAUAUUACGAUCUAACAGUUCAGGAUAUCGAAGGAAAAGACGUCUACCCAGUUCCAAUACGAGAACCUUUUGUUGUCGAUGCUCUAAUUGAUAACACAAAUGGCCCCUUGGAUGACUUGACUGGAGAAGUGAAAAUGUCGCUAUGGACCGGUCGCUGGAUGGAAUUGCCGAACUUUGGAUUUUUGAAUGAGCUGCUCGAGUGCGGUGCAGGAAUUAAAUGCCCAGUGGAAUCAGGCAAGCAGAAUCUGGAAAUCACUGUUGACUUAGCACCACUGACUCCAUACACAAUGUAUCUGCCCCGUACCGCUCCUUACAAAAUUGAAUUUCAAUUUCGCGAAGGAAAAUCCGCAAAGAGGUCGUGCUUAGUGAUUGAAACGCUCGGCACUACAGCAUGA